AAGACAGGCGGAAAUUACGUCACGGAAGGCAACUUGAUUUCCUUUUAUGGGUGACAGUUCUGUGGAUUUCUUACACAAACGUACAGAAGUAAAGUUAGACGAAUAUUAAUAACCUCAUAUGAAAUAAUAGUUCGUAAAUGAAGGCAGACUGAGUGAACAUGUCAUAUCAAGGCAUAGAGAGAGAUUUUUCACAGCUGCAUAUGCAGGAUCGAGGAGGAAACAAAAUGCCCCCAGCACUGGCUCCGAAACCAAAGCCCUACAAUCCAGCUCCCGCACCAUAUCAGCCUGGUGGUUCUAGCUACAGACCAAUUUAUCAUGAAGUGGAUGACUUCCCACCACCACCACCACAAUCGGACGACCAUUCAUACCCCCCACCCCCACCCCCCGAACAUGUUCGAGGUUACAUGUACCACGACGCUCCUGAAGAAUUCCCUCCGCCACCCCCCAUUUCCUCCCAGGGUUACGAAAUCCGAGAGGCUCACUUCGCCGGGCCGGGCUCGCGGUCUGGUAAUUACGCCAACCAGCCGUAUCACGACCCGCCCGUAUCAUACAAACAGGAUUACGGCCCCUCUUCGUAUCCCGUGGCAACUUCGCAGAGUAAUUACAUGAACAUCAGCGUUGUCAAGGGAGACCGGCGAGAUUACCCACAGGCCGAGUACAAGUCGCAGAUGUUGGAGCGUGCCGUUCCCGGGCCGCAGGUUCCCAUCGGUCUGGGGUCGGACUCGGGGUCAAAGGGCAGCCCGGGGUCGGGUGGGAAGGAGGCCGAGGUGGACGAUCUCACCAGACUUCUCAUGCAGAGUAUGGAGUCGUCGGGAGAUCCAGACUUCUUCGGUAUGUGUUCGAAGUGUGGCAAGACCGUGUGUGGAGAGAGUAAUGGCUGCAAGGCGAUGGACCAGGUCUUCCACAUCAACUGUUUCACCUGUGUGGGAUGCAAUACACAGCUACAGGGAAAGACGUUUUUCCAGCUGGAAAACAAGCCGUACUGUGAACCAUGUUACAUGAAUACACUGGAGAAAUGUUCCAUCUGUUCCAAGCCAAUCACAGAUCGGCUCCUGCGGGCCACUGGCAAACCGUACCACCCGGACUGCUUCGUGUGUGUCGUCUGUGGGAAAAGUCUCGACGGAGUCCCCUUCACUGUAGAUGCAACCAAUCAGAUCCACUGUAUCGAAGACUUCCAUAAAAAGUUUGCUCCGCGGUGCUGUGUGUGUCAACAUCCCAUAAUGCCCGACCGUGGCCAGGAGGAGACAGUGAGGAUCGUUGCCAUGGAUAAAAGUUUCCAUGUCGAUUGUUACCGCUGUGAGGAUUGCGGUCUUCAGUUGUCGUCCGAAGCAGAGGGGCGAGGCUGCUACCCACUGGAUGACCACAUCCUAUGCAAGAACUGCAAUGCCAAGAGAAUACAGCACAUGACAACCAAGAUGGCCACCGAACUGUAGGCUGGGUUAAUCAUCGUACAUAAUACAGAACGGCAUUAUGGGCCGAAUUUACAAAGCUUGUUUAUGAGACCGAUGUGUCAGUUUUUUUUCAUUUGGUGACAAAUAAAAAUACAAGUAGACCCCAUCUGGCUCCUAAAUGAAAAAGUUAAUCUAGAGGUCUGUUUUCUUACACAUUUGCAAUGCUUAAACAUUUGCAAAAACAUUUGCAAUGCUUAAACAUUUGCGUUUUAAGAAAAACUGGCUUCAUAAAUUCGGGCCAGUGUGUUUACACGGUCAAACACAUUUACUGGGUGUUAUAAAAACACACAAUAUAACACUGUAAUCUGUAAAAAACCCAAUGUAUACUGGCAAACAAGAUUUAUGGAAUUUUAUGAUAGGUUCUUAAAGGAACUGUCCUGAUUUUGCUGCCAUUGUAAUACCUUUAUAACAGAGCAUUUUUUAUAAAUUUAAUUACAUAUAAAAAUACAUUUUCUUAUUUAGGGUGGGACAUAGCCCAGUCGUAAAGUGCUCGCUGUAUGUGUGUUCAUUUUACGAUCGAUCGGGCCAUUGGACUAUUUCCCAUUCCGGGCAGUGCAUCACGACUGGUUUAUCAAAGGUUGUGAUAUGUACUAUUCUGUCUGUGGGAUGGUGCAUAUAAAAGGUCCCUUGCUAUUUACAGAAAAUGAGGCCGGUUUUUUUAUAUGUCAGAAUUACCAAAUGUUUGACAUCCAAUAGCUAAAUCGAUGUGCUCUAGUGGUGUCGUUAAAAGAUACAAACUUUAACUUUUAACUUUCUUAUUUAGAAUAUCGGUGUUUGUAUAUACAAGGCAUUUCUGAUCGCCUCAAUGUUUCUAGAAGCCGAGACUCUUAUUUUACCUUCCAUUAAUUUGUUACAUACAAAAAUAAUAUAUUUUAGGAAGUAAAAUAAAGUUUGAACUGCUACAAACAUUAGGAUGAUCAGAAGUGCACUAAAGAUGCAGACGCUGUUCUAAAUAAGAAAAUAUAUUUAAAGUGUAAAGUGUAUAUUAUGUGAAUCAGCGAAGCUUUUCACACAUAAGUUUGCGGAUUACCUUUUUUGGUUCAUACCCCGAUGAACAUAAAAGAAAUAACAGAUAAUCCUUAUAAUUAAAUUUAAAACAUACUUAAUAAUAACACUAAAAGUUCAUAUUUCUGUUUGAUAAUUUUUUUUUUUUGUUCUAAACAAUAACUCUCAAUGAGACAAACUAUCAAUAUAAAAUGAUUUCAUCAAAUAUGAUGUUCUUUGACGACGUAAUUUUUACGUUCAUUGAGAAAUGAACAAACUCCUGUUGGUACCUGUUUUACCAAUGGGAUGACGUUAUGUUCUAAUGAAUGUGACGGAAAUUUAAUUAUUUUUGGUUGUUAAAAGGGCUCUGCAGGGUCCUAACUUGGGAUUUUCAAGUGGUACGCAGACUUUUUCAGUGAUGGAAUAAAAUGCUAUUGACUGUUUCCCCCCCCCCCCCCCCCCCCCCCACACACGCACUUGUAAUGUCAGGUAGUAUGCAGCUGCGUACCAGUGUAUAUAGAGGCUAGGCCACUUUCUCUGUUAAUAGGAAACAUGUUACAGUAGCAGCAAACUCGGGAUAGUCCCUUUCAAAAUGCACGUCAGUAGUUAAAUUACAAAAAAACAUUCUCUUAAGUUAUAAAAAAAUCAGUUAAUGUAAAAUACAUUUGGACAGUCGGUGUAAUACUAGUCCCUGUUGCACAGAGUGGUCUUAGCUCUAAGAUCACCAUAAGUGUAUAAAGUAGUUAUACACUUAAGGCGAUCUUAGUGCUAAGAUCGCUUCGUGGCCUAAUUCACUAAACUGUCGCAACUUUGCGAUCUCGCAGUGCAAUGCUAAAAGACUUGCAAAGAUGCUUUGUUGUCUAGCAGAGCCUAAGAGACCUUUGCGAUCUUAGCACUAAGAUCAUCUUAAGUGAAUUAGGUAGUUAUGCAUUUAAGAUGAUCUUAUCGCUAAGAUCGCUUCUUGGAAUGGGGCCCAGGUGUGUAACUUAAGAUGAAUUAUUAACUCGACAAGUUCCGCAGAUACAGUGGUGGAUUGACAAAAUCCAUUUAGGGAGGGGACCCCAAUGACGGGUGGCCAAAGGGCUGAGAUGUUCCCAAACGGAUUCCUCGGGUUCACCAACAUAAAGAAAUGAAGAAAAGAAAAAACUGGGAAUUUAGGGUGGCCCCCACUUAGAUCCACCACUGAGAUAUAAUUGACGUCAUUGAACAGCUGGUUGCCUACAUGUAGUUAGAAAUAUGAACUGACUUGUAGUUACAUAAUAUUUUAAAAUAUUAUCCCCUAAUGUGACAUGCUAAAAAUUAGCUUUUUGUUUAAUGAGGAGAUAUAAUUGUGGGAAUGAUAUCAUUAUUAUGUGCGAAUUAUAUCAUAAUAUGUGGUAAUGAUACCAUUAUUGUGUGAGAAUGAUAGCAUUAUUUAUGUGGGAAUGAUAAUAUGUGGGAAUGAUAUCAUUAUUGAGUGGGAACGAUAUCAUUAUUGUAUGGGAAUGAUAUCAUUAUUAUGCACAAAUGUAGGAAUGAUAACAUUAUUGUGUGGGAAUGAUAACAUUAUUAUGUAGGAAUGAUAUUAUGUGGGAAUGAUAUCAUUAUCAUGUAGGAAUGAUAUUAUGUGGGAAUGAUAUCAUGUGGGAUUGAUAUCAUUAUUAUGUGAGAAUGAUAUUAUUGUGUGGGAAUGAUAUCAUUAUUAUUUGGGAAUGAUAUCAUUAUUGUGAGGGAAUGAUAUCAUUAUAAUGUGGGAAUGAUAUCAUUAUUGUGUGGGAAUGAUAUUAUUGUGUGGGAAUGAUAUCAUUAUUAUGUGGGAAUGAUAUCAUUAUUGUGUGGGAAUGAUAUCAUUAUUGUUUGGGAAUGAUAUCAUUAUGUGGUGUGGGGGGCUGAUCCCAUCCCCCCACCCCCCCAUCCACCCAAUGCUGCCUAUGGAACUGCAUUUGGAUAAGUAAGCUUAAAAGAACAUAUUUUUCAAAUCUUAAUAUAUGCAUGUAUAUAUAGCUCCAGUUAAGACUUUAGUAGCAAGGCUUGUUGAUGUGAUAGCAACAUUUACAUACUCAAAUAGUUUUGCAUUUAUCUCAGAAAUGUGCAUGCAUUUGUCAUUAUGUCAAAAAAACAUAUCAUCCUGUGCUCAUUAUCAAAAGUUCUUAAAACAUAUCAUCUUAAGGUAAACAUGCUCAUUGUCAAAAGUUCUAACAAAUUGGUGUACAGAUCAAAACAGUUGUGUAAUCUCACAAUGGAUAAUCAAAAGAUGGCUGCUUAGAACAGGUGGCUGUUUAAUACAGGUCCUACUUAAUAAAGGUCAGUGUGUAAAAUAUCACAUAAUUUGUUAGCAUAUUAAUAAUAUGUUCCUUUAAAUCAGGUGGCUGCUAAAUACAGAUUAUAAUACAGUGAAACCUCUCAAAACCAGACCCUCUGUAAACUGGAAUUCCCUCAAAGAGUCAAAACCAGACAUUUUCCACGGUCCCUUUUUAAAAAUAUCUAAAAACUUAACCUUUCUAAACCGGAUACCUCUUAAAACCGGACAUUUCACUUGGUCCUGAGGGUGUCUGGUUUAAACGGGUUUCACUGUAGUAAGAUUUAAUGUUUAAGCUGAACAUAAUAUUUGCUUUUCUUUUGAUGUCCAGUAUAUAAACCAAAAACUUUCAUUUUAACUUGCUUCAUAGAAUACGGUCAGUAUGUUAAAAUAAAAUGCUGGGCAUUAAUGUCAUGAUAAUUGGAUGGAGGAAUUAGUUCACUUGAAAAGAGAAAGAAGUAUGAUCACAGUGUUAGUAUUUCUGCCAUAUAUGGUGACGGAUAUACGAGUUUAUGAAGUAAACACUUGUCAUGUGACAUCUUCUUUCACUGAUUACUCAAAUGGUACUGGUAGACUCUUCGUUGUCAUGCAGUUUUCAUUUGGUGCUCCCGCCAUGUAUGUCAUUUCAUUUAUACUUAUUUCCGUGCUUAUAUCCAAUUAAGGUUCAAGCACACUGUCCUGGGCAAACACCUCGGCUGUCUGAACUGUCUGUCCAGGACAGAUGAUUAAUGUUUAAUUGUUUGUGAGAGAGAAGUCAGUCUGGUGGUGUUAUGCUUACCCAAUGAGUUGCUAAACUCACUCUGGGUGGGAGCCGUUAUCGGGGUGUGAACCCAGUAUCUGCCAGCCUUGAGUCUGAUGGUUUAACCACCACCAAGGCCGGUUCAGCCAUUUAACUAAACAAGGUUUUAUAUGGGAAGUAUGCCUCGAAUACAAGUCUGUCAAGACUUAAAAGAGUUGAAACCCGUUCUUCUACAGUCACGUGAUAUAUCGCGCAUCAUUUGACCUACUGUUGGUGCUGUCUCGUAAUCCCAGUGCAAACACAUAUAAUGUAGUGCUAUUUAAUGUGGCAGGUUUAUUUGUAAGUUGUCAUAGUCUAAUUAGCUUUGUAUUUUCCUUAUAUAUGAUGUCCUUCGAAGUUUAUAGGGUGUGUGUGUGUGUGUGUGAGGGGAGUGGGGGAACGGAGGUUGGGAGGGUGGUAAAUAUAUAAUUCAUUUGCUGUUUAUGCUAUUGAGUAUUCCAACCCUUUUCUCUAAUUAUCUGAACUGUUUGCAUCUACAACAUAUCUGUGACUGAACUGUUCGUAUCAACAUUUCUAUGACUAUUAAAUAAUUUAAACUCUUUACAUCUACACCAUGUCUAUGACUUUGAAUGGUUUAUACUAUUGUUUAUUCCAACCCUUUUCUACGACUAUUUGAACUGUUUACAUCUACAAAAUUUCUAUGACUGAAAUGUUUACAUCUCUUGUAUGACACUUUGAACUGUUUAUAUUAUAUUUCGGACUCCGUCGUUAUGCCCUUCACUUAACCAGUGGUUGUCUCCCUUUAGUAAGUUUCCUUCGUUACAUUUAUGUUUCAUAAUUAAGUGUUACUCAGUUUUGUAUCUCAAGCAGAAUACAGUAAGUGUUUUUGUCAGUCUUGUCGGUUGGUCUGUCGGUCGGUCGGUGGGUCGGUCGGUCGGUCUAUCUAUCUAUCUGUUGGUCUGUCGGUCUGAAUAGGGUACUUUCUGAAUCAAAGUCACGGCCAUUGUCUCAAGUCAUACUUAUCCUUUUUUUUUUUUUUUAUAGAAGUAUUUUUGCGCCAUACUUGUUUUAGAGGGAGACAACUUUUAGAUGGGAAAACACAUUUUCAAUCUUCCAUAUGAUUUUUCACUUUUAUUUCUAAAUUAUUACAGAAAGCUGUGGUGUGUUUUAGGUGAUUUGAGCUGAUGUGUGUGUAUGAAUUUUGUCUUUGUAAAGUGUACAUCUUUUAGUGCCCUAGUUGUAAAAUAUGUAAGUUAGUCAUGUCCUGUAAAUGUAUGCUGACCUUAGUCAGGUAUGUAUCUAAAGACAGUGACACACUGUAUGAGUGCCUUGGGAAUAGCUGAUUGUGAAAGAAUUUUUUUGUUUUGUUUAAUGACACCACUAGAGCACAUUGAUUUAUAAAUCAUCAGCUAUUGGAUGUCAAACAUUUGGUAAUUUUGACAUAGUCGUAGAGAGGAAACCAGCUACCUUU